AUGUUGACCUCGUCUUGGAGCGAUGGAGAACAAUGGCUGCAUUACCCGAACGCGCGAAUGACGCGAUAUCGUGAUUGUUCUUUCGGGGCGCGGGAAAGACGAAAACCCGAGAGGCUGGCCGAGCGGAGCGUGCCGCUGCUCGAUAUUCAUGUGAACUUUCCAAUCUGUUUUGGCACCUCGGCAGCUCCAAGCGAGGCCGACGCGACCGCUUGCUUCCAAGCCAUUUUUUGUGGUGGUAAAAAGCAAACGGUGAAUCGACGUGGUUCUUCGACGGCGGAGCUUCUCGAACGUUCCGCUUGUCCUCGCGCUAAAUUCCUCGGUGCGCCGACGUUGCCCGAUCGGAAGCUAAGACAGAUCCUCGUUCAAUGUCCGGUCUUUCUCAGUCACACCAUCGAGCGCUCGUUCACGAGGGACGUUAGUCCACGAAUGCGAAUCUCCUACUUGCCACAUCGAUUGGGAGCUUUUGACGACGCGUCAAGUAGUCAGCACCAGUCGUCGACGGUGCUUCUUUCCGAAAAGAAAAAAAAAUUAAACACCCAGGAAGUGCGCGAGACAGUCGAUGCCGUCCUCCACGGCCUUCGUGCUGCAGUAGAAGGUGAUCUCGUGGCAAGGGGCUUGCUGACAGAGAUCCGGGGGGUGCAUCGCAUGCGCAGCUGCCCGCGAGGCAUGACGCUCUCUUCCAAUUGGGUGAAUGCGUUGAGAAGGCACGGAACACUGACCGACAGCAGCAGUGUUAACGACUAUCACAACCACAACAAUAAGAACAUCACCAGCAAUAGCGGCAGCAGCAGCAGCACCACCACCACUACCACCAGCAGCAACUGCAGCAGCCGCUGCAGCAGCCGGAGUAGCGGCAUCAACAUUUUCUGCGAGCAGCAGUUGCGUCAAAAAAACUUCCGUUCCGAUCUCUUCAUUUCGACCUUGAAGUCAGCACUCAGCCUUGCCUGGACGCAGCUUAUCCGCCUCGAUCUGGCCUGCGAAACAGAUCUCUCUAAGAUCACGCCCGCCCCUCCAGAUCAUCCACUGUCAUCACGUGUGCUGCGCCUCUCAGCGCUCCAUUUCACCGUCAUGUUCGCCACAGUCCUGCCCUCAACGAUAUCUUCCUGA